AUGGAAGCCGCUGCGAGUGCGAUCGGUCUGAUCCAGGUGACUACUCAUGUGCUGCAUCUCACAGUCAAGUUCUACUUCGAGGUUAGGGAUGCCCGCAAGGAAAUAAAAUCGCUCGAGGGUGAAAUCAGCGAUCUUCAGGGCACGCUGCGCAAGAUAGUCGACCUGGCCGAAGAUACCAGCGACCCUGAGGCGAUCAAGCGUUUACCAGCCUUUGCGUUACUCCUGGGAGAAGAUGGUGCGCUGGCCAGAUGCCAGGCGGAGCUCCUAGAGCUGGCCGGUAAGCUGGAAAAGGCCGGUGGCGCUGGUAGCGGUAAAGAUGAAACUCUCCUGCAGAAGAAGAACCCGAUGAGACAGUUUGGUGUCCGGGCCUUGAAGUGGCCGUUUACCAGCAAGGAGAUCAAAAGCAGCAUUGCAGUUCUUGAACGGUGCAAGGCCAGCUUCAACCUCGCCUUGACCGCAGACCAGACCAAGUUGACUCUUGACACCAAUCGCCUUGUCGUCGAGCUGGGAAAGGACAUAACCGCCAGCCGAAACGAGCAGCAAAAGGGGGAAUAUCGUUCAAAAAUCAUCCAAUGGCUCUCGGCUGUCGAGCAAGGCAUAACCUGGUCUAAUCAUGAAGAUGCACGGAAGAAGCACUCUCAGGGAACCGGAGAGUGGGCGCUGGAGCUUCAGGCAUUCAAGGAGUGGAAGAGCACCGGCCCUGCCAUCCUUUGGAUGCAUGGGAAGCCUGGAAGUGGGAAGACAGUGCUGAGUUCGUCUGUCAUCGAACAUCUGCAAGCAGAGUACGACUCUGAGGCCAAUACUCUCCUGUCAUACUUUUAUUUCGAUUUUGGCACGCCCGCGAAGCAAAGCGCCACAAACUGCCUACGGUACCUGCUCUCACGGCUACUUACCAAAGCACCGGAGGUACCGCAGGAGCUCAGAGACCUCUAUGUGAAAAAGUGCAACUUUGGCAGCGAAACUCCAGCACUAUCGGACUUGAUCUCUAUUUUCAAACUUUUUGCAGAAUCUGAAGCUAUUGAAAAUAUUUUCAUUACUAUCGAUGCCCUCGAUGAAUGCCCCCUGGAUAAUAGACAGGAACUACUAGAUUUUCUCACAACUAUAUCUUCAUGGACGCCUUCAAACCUACAUGUAUUUCUUACAAGCAGACCCGAGAGUGACAUUAGAGAAGCCCUUUCUCCUAUUUCAAUCGUCACUGCGGUCUCUGUCGGUGGCUCCUCUGUCACACAAGAUAUCACGUAUCACAUACAGUCACAGCUCUCCUCUGAUCCAGCGCUAAAGAAACUGCCAGCGAAGCUGAAAUCACAGAUCCAGAGCAAGCUAAUCGCUGAUGCUGAUGGGAUUGAAUUGAAAAGAUGCAAGACAAAAGCGCUUUUGAUAAAAACUCUCGAAUCGCUUCCAAAGACCUUAGAUGGUACCUAUGAGCGAAUACUCCAGAGUAUCCCUACAAACUACCAGGAUUAUGCGCGCCGUGCACUGUGGUGGCUCGUAGAAGCGCGGAGGCCGCUAAGCGCAGAGGAACUCGCCGAAGCAGCCAUUCUUGAUGCUGACGAAGAUACCCCAUUCGAUCCGGAAGGCCGUUUUUUCAACCCACAGGAUGACAUUUUAGAGAUACUAGGAAGCCUUGUAUCGGUAGCUGAAAGAGAACACGAAGUUACAGACGUGAACGACGAAAGCAACAGCAGGGCUACAGCAACUACAGUGAAUGAAACAUUCAACGAACUCCGUCUAUCCCACUUUUCUGUUAAAGAGUAUUUGAUCUCAACGCACCCAUUGAACUGCCAGAACCCCUUAGUUGCCCAGUUCUAUGUUGAUAAAUCUCUUGUUUCUAGCUUCAUUCUCCGAAGCUGCCUUCUAUACAUAUCUCACUACAUAGGUUCAGACUAUAGAGCUGGCGCGAGGGAUGACGUGGACGAAUUUCCCCUGCUCCUCUAUGUAUGCGAAUUUUGGUUCGCGUAUGCAGGACUGCCGCUCGAUAACAAAAGUUCUGGGCUAUUGAAUGAUUUCUUCGCCUCAGAGACGCAGGUACAAGCAUGGCUGCUUGUUCAUACUCCAAACCAACCAAGAAAGGAUCUUUUCCAGCCGCCUGAUGAGCCAGGCCAGGCUCUUCACCAUGCAUGCUACCUUGGCUUAACUGGCACUGCCAAGUACUUAAUAGAGAAUGGUGCCACCGUCGACUGCACCACGGAGAGCGGAGUGACCCCCUUAAUUCGAGCAGCUGAGAGAGGCCAUGUAGAUAUUAUAGAUCUUCUCCUCAACUUUGACUCAAAUGUCGAUCAUUCGACUAGGGGGGGCCGGACCCCGCUUCAAGUAGCGUGUAGCCGUGGGCAUAUAAAAGUCGUGGAAAGACUUCUCAUUUCCAAGGCGGAUGUAGAGUCGAAAGAUGUGGAUCUUUGGACUCCGCUAUACUGGGCUGCGGAGGGUCGACAUGAAGACAUUGUCAGUCUCCUCCUCAAGCAGGGGGCCGACCCAAAUGCAAGGACCAUGAGUGGAGGGACUGCACUUCACCAAGUAUGCGGCAGAGGAUAUGACGAAAUUGCGCGGCAUUUGCUGGAUUCUGGCGCAGAGGUGGACGUUGCAACCAGCUGGGGUCGGACUCCAUUGCACCAAGCUGCCGCUGGUGGAUCGCUGGAAGUUGUGAAGCUUUUAUUAGCCUAUGGAGCAGACCCGAAUGUCCUAGACAGGUCCUAUAGUUCUCCUGUUUCUUUAGCAGAGGAAAACCUGCACCACGAGAUUGUUGACGUGCUGCGACCUCUUACGAAUUUGAAAGACCCGCUUGACAGUUCUGAAGAGUAA